CCUCUUCCCAUUGCAGACUCCGCUUGCAAGCUCGAGCUGGGUUUCCCCACCAGAGGGACUGGAGAGCGGGUCCCGCCUGGCUCACUCCACCCGAAGCCGGGAGGGGCUGCAGCGGCAGGCGGGAUCGGGUUUCAUAUCCUGAUCCUGUAGCUUUCUGGAGCAACAGCUUUCCCUCAGCCCGAGGGGCACAAGGAGGAAAGCCCGGGCGGCGCGGCCCGAACAGGGACAUGGCGGAAAGCUCUGAUUGGGUAGAGAUCAUUGAGCCACGUUCUCGGGAGCGAAUGUAUGUCAAUUUGACAACAGGUGAAUGUGGCUGGGAGCCACCUCCCAACCUCAGAGUUCGUCAGUCUGAUGAAAACCAGUGGUGGGAGCUCUUUGACCAAAACAACAACCGCUUCUACUACUACAAUGCCAUCACACAGCAAACAGUGUGGCAUAGGCCACAGGGCUGUGACAUUGUGCCACUGGCUCAGCUCCAGGCCAUGAAACGCAAUUCUCAGUCUGACUUCAGGACAUCCCAGCACAGGGGUAGCACAAGUAGUGAUGGACGAAACACUCCCAUCCAAGUGGCCAUUUUACAGGAGAUGGAGAAGAGUAAAGAGGACAACAGCUUGGAGAAGAAAUCAGAGACUGGAAGGGACACCCCUACCCGGUGGCAGCCUUUACCAGGGACUAAAGCAGCCAUGCUAGUCAAAGUCAACAGUCUGAGACAAGUGAAUUCUUCCUCAAGCAAUUCACUUCAGAUGCAGGGCAGUGCAGAAGCCAGCAGCCAGAAAUCUCUACUUCCAAAACCAGUUCUUUAUGCCCAGCCUCAGUCUACAGCCCCGAACCCAUCUGCUCAAAAACCAGCAGCUCCAGUAGAGACAAAGCAGUCAAUGCAAAUUAAGAAGACCGAGAAUGGAGGAUUUUGUUUAGUGUUAACAAAUGAGCUCCCUUAUCAGGCUCCUUUGAGAAAUCAGAGUCGAGCAUCACAGCCUGCAUCUCCCAAAUAUGCUACUCCAGCACCGAUCUAUGAUGAGCCAUCGAUUGAUUCACCAAUUUAUGAUGAGCCCCCUGUAGAUAUGGACACGGGCAGUGGAAAUGUGAAGGGGACAACUCCACAAAUAACACCAAGCAAUAGCUUAAAUAAGAACCCUCAGCAAAUUAAACUGUUACAACAUCCAAGUAUGCAGCAACUCCAAGCUGGAAAAAAACAUGUGAGAAAUCCUUCUACAACAGAAUACAGCCCUGUUGGAAGAGAAUAUAUUAAACACAUGGUCAACAUCGACCAAUCUUCCAAAAGUCCUCACUCUACAGGAGCAGUAGUUGAUGGUGUUGCUAAACCACAGCUAGGACAGCUGAUUUCCAGAGAUAGCUUUAAACACUCUUGGAAAAUCCUGGAAGCUAAUGUUCUUAAAAAUAUGGAGGCCCACCAUAGUCGGCAGAACAGUCUUCAGACUCAAGAUUACCCUACGGUUGUAAGUCAGCAAGAUUCUGGCUACUCAACAGGGCCUUCUCCAAGCCUGAGAAAGAGAAAAGGGAGACGGCAAGCUCCAGGCCAGGGAAGGCCUGGAUCUGUGGGCAGCAGCAGUGAACUGAAUGCUCUGAAUAAUAAGCUGAUUGCCGAGAUGCGUGCUGUGGUGAACAGAUCUGCCGCUUGCAGAGGGAGCAAAGGGAGCCUAGAUGCAGAAAUGCUGGAAAAUGCUAAUCUCCCCGAGGGAAAUAAAAUUAAAUUUCAAUCAGACCGCUUGAAAAAAUGUAAUAGUAGGAACUCAAGAGAUGACGUGACCUCUAGUAACAGGUCACUGUAUAGACCUAGAAUAAACAGUAGAGGGAGCCUCUCAAAUGAUCCAGCGAUACAGCAAGACACUGUGAGGCAGAAGAGAACAUAUGAAAAAAUGGAUUCUUUAGAAAAGAAUAUGGCCAGUCAGACAAACCUUUCUUCAUCGGACACAGCACAGAUAUCACCCCAGAGUGGAGCAACAGAGUCAGAUUCCCAGCAAGAGAAUAAUGACCAGUCUGGCACAAACAUGGGGUAUCAGUUUCCCUUCCACACCAUACGGAAGCCCAUCUCUCAAAUCAGCAUGGCAGACUGGGCUUCCAAAAAUUUGAAUAUGCACACUCAGGGUAUCUUUCGCCGAAGGCUCUCUAUUGCCAACAUGCUCUCCUGGAAUGGUGGAUCCAUCAAAAAACCAAUGCUCAUCACCAGUGACCACACAAUCAAAAAGGAAGCUUGUGAACUAUUUAAACUGGUACAAAUUUACAUGGGUGACCGGCAGGCCAGGAUGGACAGAGACUAUGUGGCCUUGAUCACUGUCACCAAAUGCUGGAGCAUUCAAGGCUUACGGGAUGAACUGUACAUACAGCUAAUCAGACAGACAACAGACAAUAUGUGCUAUCGAAGUUUGGCAUGGGGCUGGGAACUCAUGGCCAUCAGUCUGGCCUUUUUUUCUCCAUCUCCCAAAUUCCAGUCAUACCUGGAAGGUUACAUCUAUCGCCAUCUCAGCCCGGUUAAUGAUGAAAAUAUUACCCAGCGCAUUAAGGAGCUUCUGGAUCUGAAAAACAAAAAGAACUCAAAAUCUAGGAAAAAGAGGAAGCAAAACACAGAGGAUGAAGGUCUGCCUAUCAGCACUUACGCCAGAUACUGUUACAGGAAGCUACAAAAGGUUGCAAUCACUGGAGGCAAAAAGGGACUUCGGAAACCUACAGUUGAAGAGAUAAUCCAUGCCAAGAAUGCCAUUGUGACCCCUUCACUGUUUGGCAGUUCUCUGGAGGAAAUUAUGUUGCGGCAGCAGGACAUGUAUCCAGAUAGCAAGCUGCCUUGGGUACAAACACAGCUAUCUCAGCAAGUUCUGCAACUAGGGGGCGAAACAACUGAGGGAAUAUUCAGAAUUCCUGGUGACAUUGAUGAAGUUAAUGCAUUAAAACUACAGGUGGAUCAAUGGAAAAUUCCUGAUGACCUUAGUGAUCCCAAUAUACCAGCUUCUCUGCUGAAGUUGUGGUACCGGGAGCUAGAAGAGCCUGUCAUCCCACAGCAAUACUACAAAGAGUGUAUUAGCAAUUAUGAGAACCCUGAUGCUGCUGUGGCAGUGGUGGAUCUCCUGCCAGAGCUCAACAGAUUGGUCUUGUGUUACCUCAUCCACUUCUUACAGAUUUUUUCUCAGCCGGCCAAUGUGGGCAAGACCAAGAUGGAUGUAAACAAUUUGGCCAUGGUGAUGGCCCCCAACUGCCUGCGAUGCCAGUCUGACGACCCCAGAGUCAUCUUUGAAAACACCCGCAAAGAGAUGUCUUUCUUGCGCAUGUUAAUAGUGCACUUGGACACCAGUUUUAUCAAAGGCAUGGUGUGAAGGGCUGGCUUCAAUCAAGAAAGUAUGAAGGGAGCAAGGAACCCUUGCCAAUAUUACUUUCUGUGAGCCUUGAAUCGUCCACUAUUCAGGCUCCUGUGGCUUUAACAGACAUUUCUUAGCUGCAGCAGCAGUGCUGAUGAUUUCAGAGAAGCCCUAUGGUAAUGCAAGUGAAUUGUUAUACCAGAAAGGGUAGGAAGGUGUCAGCAAGCCAGCUUCCAGUCCAUGCUCUGAGAGCACUAAAGAACUUUCAAAAGAUAUUAAUGGGAAGAUGAAGUGCUAAGGCAGACAAGCUCCUGCAUAAACAAAGUACCAGUGAUGAGCUGCGUUGCACUGCCCAUUAAAAGAGGAAUUAACGGGAUCCUACCCCCUAGAACUAACAGCUCUUAGGUACUGGGAUUUUGUUUCUACCACCUGAAGAUUGGUUACUAUACCAGUUUUGCUUCAGUCUCAGAAGGAAUAAUAGGCUACGGUAGUGCCUAUCCUGCCUUAGAGCAAAUCUGCACAAGCCAGCUUUACUGUUACAUGGAUGACUGCAUCCUUCUUCAUCUGCCUUUUUCACCUUUAAGGAUGCCUCUCUUACCAAAGGCUCAGUUCUGCAGCUCAGGGUUGGUUGUGGUUUGCAAUCCACAAUUGAUGCCUUCAUGCUGGAGUACUUUAACUGCUCAGUUCAGAUUAAAAGGACCAAGCAGGCGCUCAAUUGAAGGCCGAGGUCAACAUCAAUAAAGUAAAAACUGUCAUGGGCUGGAGUUUGGGGGACAGCAAAUGUUUUUGAAAAGAGAGAGCAUGCCCCUUUCUUUUCCUGCCAUAUUGUACUAUUCUAUUUAAAACUUUUAUCCCAGUGUGCUACUUGGUUAUUUGUGCCAGAGAUAUUUUUGUCCCUUUUGAGUUACAGCUAAGUCAUGGCAGUGUAAAUAGUUAAAACUUCCAGAGUGGAACUUUUCUUACAUGGUAAACUGCAGUUAUUUCUUUAGCUGCCUUUCUUAUUGCUCCAGUUAGGGUUAAAAUCAGGUAUUGAGUAACUGCUGGGGAAAAGCAGGAGUAGUACAAAGCCUCUCUUUGACCUCAAGAUUGCUUUUUGUUUUCUGUUUGUCAUUCAGGCUUAUUUGGAGAGCCUGAAAAAUAUGGAGGUCAUGGUUCCCUGAUAUGAGGAAAGGAUGCUGAGUAACUUGUACUGUGUAACUAUGAACUCCAAUCUAGCCUUUCUUUUAAAAGUUGUGCUUUUCCCACUGAGGUUCUACUCCUCUGGCCAUUUUGCCCCAUAGUCAGUGGAUCCAUGCUGACUAAGUGGGAGGGGAGUGCUGCCAUUUCUGCUGCUCCUUUCAGAAACAGAAGCCUUCUACAUUCAUUUCCUGUGUCACUUUUGCAAGCAGGUGUAGUUCAAUCAGCAAGCCCCUAGACAGAUCUCUUAGAAGAGAGAAUCAAGAUUAUUCAUUCUUACAAUCAGUGCUAAGCCAUUUUUUUUGGAUCAGUGAUAAUUUAAUGGAUCUUGAAAUUAGUCCUAUUGAAACAGUGGUUGCUUUGGUCUUUUGGUAGGAGGAAUGUGUGUUUUCCUUUGUCAUCCAUAUACUGUGAAACAUAUUAGAAGACUAUACUAUCUCUUUAUAUGGAAUAAAAUCUUGCUACUGUUUCCCUUUUUGAGCCACUUUUUGGCAGAGUUAAAGUCAGAUCCUUUAACUCUGCCAAAGCCCCUGUGACUCUUUUCCCUUUAUAGUGCCUUUUUCUUGGCUGUCUUUUGAGAUUUAGCUGCUUUUCCAUUCAACAAUCAAGACAUCUUCACUUGAUCAUCUGGAGAAUGGUGAUUCCCAAUAUCCAAGUAAAUCCAUUCUCCAAGGCCUUGACUUCAGGUUAUGUAGAGAUGAACAUCUCACCAAAGAUUGAAAGUAUGAUAUGACUUCUUGUGCAUAUAUCCUUACCCCCUGCUUCAUUUCACUGGUUGCCACGAAUGGGGCCCUAGGGAAAUGUCACCAUGAUAUUAUGUCCCAAAGUUUUUUCAGCUACAUGUUACCAAGGAGACAAGAAUGGUGUCUGCACAUCUCUGCAUAACUUGCAGUUUGGGCUUGAGCUGAGCCAAUAUGAUUCAGGCAUUCACUGUGACAUGUCUAGGGUGCUUUGUGCUAUUUCUUAGGGACAGCUGCAUUUUAUGAAGUAGAUCAGCAUGAUCUCCGAGAAGCUGGGUGCUAUCCAAACAGGUUCCUCUGCCAGAAUUUGGCCAGUGCCCUUUAGAAAAAAUCUGAAAUGGGACCUUUCUCUCUGUGCCAGACAUUUAGGGAGGCAAUUUUAUACAUGUUUAUUUGGGAGUCAGCCUUACAAAUUUAGUGGGACUUGCUUCUAAGUAAACAUGCAUAGGAUAAAAUGUUAAAAUAUUAGCUGGAAAAUAUCCUUGAAUUGCUAGAACAGGAAUUCCUUAGUCCUGCUUCUAUUACAAAGCUAACAGUAUAAUUCUCGAUUUCACAUGGAGCAUAUAUCCACCCAGUAAACUGUGGACAUGAAAAUUGGCUCUGUUUGUGGCUAAGCAAUAGGAUUACCUAUAUGUUGCACAAAUAUUUCAUUUUAUUAUGGGACAACUCAUGCUCAGAAAGCAAAGUCCUUUUGAACCUGUUUCAGGAUGUCUUCUGGAUGCAUAUAUUUCCUGGAUUCAAACUUGACUUGCAACUAUAUGAUGGGUAAUUAGUAAAAUUCCCCCUAACACUUAGGUAUAUAGCACAAGUAUAAACAGACAGUUUUAUAUUAAUGCAUCCCCCUCCCCUCCAGGGCUGUAAAAUAGGCUAAAAACUACACUGGAUAUUGUUAUCUUUUUGCCAACAUGUUUGUAAAUGUGAAUCAGCAAAAUAUCCUGUUCAUUAUUGUUAUUAAAGAAUAAUUAAGCAUAA